AUGAAAAAGCCUACUGCUGCUGCCCCCGGGAGGCGCGAGCGUCUGAGGUUGAAGGCCGGGCUCAUGAUUUCCAUCCACGUGUUUCGCGGCUACGACGUCCCUGAUGCGUGGGGUUUCCUGAUUUUCUGUGCCGGCUGGACGGUUCUGACCCUCAUCGUCCACCCCAAUGCCGGCAUCAUCUUCGCGGACCGUGCGUUCAUCGGCUAUGUUCGUGUCGCCGUUGAGGCUGUGGCUGUCCUCUCAUGGCUCGUUGGUUUCAUUGCUGUGGCUGUUGAGAUCAGGACCGCGGCAUGUUCGGCAGGAAGGGACUCGUGCGUGUCGCUCAUAACGGCGUCGGUCUUCGGGGCAUUCGAAUGGCUGCUGCUAUUCAUGGUCACCGCAGCCCUGACUGCCAUGCUCGUCUCCAACAGCUCUCGCAAGCCAGGGACUUCGACGACCGGAUCCGGUGCAGCUAUUCUAAAGGACAUGGCUAUACAAAAAUUCGACGAAUAG